UUAUCAGUGUUGCUAGUAACAAUCCUUGUAGUGGAAGGGAUUGCCAUUGCCCAGAAGACACAAGGUGGGCAAAAUAUUGGAGUGAAUCGCAUUCCUCCUACCCAGUGUGACAACUGGGUACGGACAAGUAAUGGAGGACAUUUUGCUUCACCAAACUACCCUAAUAUGUACCCACCAAAUCAAGAGUGCAUCUAUAUCUUAGAAGCUGCUCCACGACAAAGAAUUGAGUUGACCUUUGAUGAACCUUAUUACAUAGAACCUUCAUUUGAAUGUCGGUUUGAUCAUCUGGAGGUUCGAGAUGGACCUUUUGGUUUCUCCCCACUCAUUAAUCGUUAUUGUGGUCUGAAAAGUCCUGCACUAAUUAGAUCAACAGGGAGAUUUAUGUGGAUCAAGUUUACUUCUGAUGAGGAACUGGAAGGAAAGGGAUUUCAAGCAAAGUACUCAUUUAUACCAGAUCCUGACUUCACUUACCUAGGAGGUAUUUUAAAUCCCAUCCCAGACUGCCAGUUUGAGCUCUCAGGAGCUGAUGGAAUAGUACGUUCCAGUCAAGUAGAGCAAGAAGGAAAAACAAAACCGGGACAAGCAGUUGACUGCAUAUGGACAAUUAAAGCUACUCCAAAUGCUAAGAUUUAUUUGCGAUUUCUCGACUAUCAAAUGGAGCAUUCAAAUGAAUGCAAAAGAAACUUCGUUGCUGUGUAUGAUGGAAGUAGUUCUAUUGAAAACCUGAAGGCAAAGUUUUGCAGCACUGUAGCAAAUGAUGUCACGCUGCAGACUGGGACAGGUGUGGUACGAAUGUGGGCAGAUGAAGGCAGUAGACUAAGCAGAUUCAGAAUGCUGUUCACUUCAUUUGUGGAUCCUCCCUGCUCAGGCAACACUUACUUCUGCCAUAGCAACAUGUGCAUCAAUAAUUCUUUAGUCUGCAAUGGCAUUCAAAACUGUGCAUACCCUUGGGAUGAAAAUCACUGCAGAGAAAAGAAGAAAACUGGAUUGUUUGAACAAAUCACCAAAACUCAUGGAACAAUCAUUGGCAUCACAUCAGGGAUAGUUCUAGUUCUUCUCAUCAUUUCAAUUCUAGUACAAGUAAAGCAACCUCGCAAAAAGGUUAUGGCUUGCAAGACUGCUUUCAAUAAAACUGGUUUCCAGGAGGUGUUUGAUCCUCCACAUUAUGAACUAUUUUCACUAAGGGACAAAGAAAUUUCUGCAGAUUUGGCAGAUUUAUCAGAAGAACUUGAAAACUAUCAGAAAAUGAGACGCCCUUCAACAGCUUCCAGAUGCAUUCAUGACCACCACUGUGGCUCCCAGGCCUCCAAUAUAAAACAAAGCAGGACAAACCUCAGCUCCAUGGAACUUCCCUUUCACAAUGAUUUUGCGCAGCCUCAGCCAAUGAAAACAUUUAAUAGCACAUUCAAGAAAAGUAGUUACACUUUCAAACAAGCGCAUGACUGCCCUGAGCAAGUCAUAGAAGACAGGGUGAUGGAGGAGAUUCCAUGUGAAAUCUAUGUUAGAGGAAGAGAAGAUACAGCACAAGGUUCAUUAUCUAUUGACUUUUAAUUUCCUAGUGAAGGUGGUAUCAGUGUAUAUACAAGAUGCUUGUGUACAAUGACAGUGUAUAUAUUAAACAGUGUACUAUAUGC